AUGGAGCCCUUCCACCAUGGCUACUUGUCCUCCUUGGCACGCGCGAGGUUGCCGAAAGAGAAUUGGCGGAAGUGGAUGGGGGGAAGAGGCUGUCGAUGGGGACGGGGAAGGAGACAAAACCUUUUUGGACGUGUAGAGGGUGUAAAGGAGGUGUGGCGUGGAGGGUCGGGGGAAGCGUGUCAUGGCUAUUGGGCUGCUCCGUCCAUCUUUUCUUCUUCCUCUUUUCUCUUUCUCUCUGAAUUGACGACACCACGAUGUGGAGGAACUCGGAAGAGUUUAUCUUCCAAGUUCCAGAUAUCCAUCAACCCACUCUACCUCCUAUCCUCCGCCUCCUCAUCCGCCGAACACGGCGGCGUUCAACCUCUGCUGCUCUCUCACUCACUCUCCCAAUCCCACCCCUACUCUCCUUCCCCUUCGCCUUCAGAUUCUCUAAAGAUCGGGCUUCACCGAUCCGAUGGAGUCGGAGCGCUUUCGGCAACAGCUGAUCUCCCGUCGUUGGCUUCCAGGGCCUCGCACUUGGCCCGCCACUAUGGGCAAUGCUAUUGGGAGCUCUCCAAAGCUCGCCUCAGCAUGCUAGUCGUCGCAACUUCUGGAACUGGGUUUAUUCUUGGAAGUGGCCAUGCCAUUCAUUUUGCUGGACUUUGUUGCACAUGUGCUGGUACCAUGAUGGUUGCAGCAUCUGCUAAUUCCUUAAAUCAGGUGUUUGAGAAGCAAAAUGAAGCCAAAAUGAAUAGAACGAAGAACAGACCAUUACCUUCAGGACGCAUUACGAUCCCUCAUGCAGUCACCUGGGCAUCCGCUGCUGGUUUAGCUGGCACUGCUUUGUUAGCAAGCAAGGCUAAUAUGUUGGCAGCUGGUCUUGGAGCUUCAAAUCUAAUACUUUAUGCGUUCGUCUACACUCCAUUGAAGCAGAUUCACCCUGUGAAUACAUGGGUUGGUGCUGUUGUUGGUGCUAUCCCUCCGCUUCUAGGUUGGGCUGCAGCUUCCGGCCAGGUUUCCCUCAAUGCAAUGCUACUCCCAGCUGCUCUCUACUUUUGGCAAAUACCUCAUUUUAUGGCCCUAGCAUACUUGUGCCGUAAUGACUAUGCUGCUGGAGGAUUUAGGAUGUUCUCCCUUGCUGAUGCUUGUGGUAAGAGAACGGCCUCAGUAGCUUUAAGGAAUUGCAUAUACAUGAUCCCUUUGGGGUUCUUGGCCUAUGACUGGGGUAUGACGUCUGGAUGGUUUUGUCUUGAAUCUACUCUUCUUACUCUCGCGAUAGCUGCAACAUCAUUUUCGUUCUUCCGAGACCGUACUACACAUAAAGCAAGGAAGAUGUUUCAUGCCAGCCUUCUUUACCUUCCUGUAUUUAUGUCGGGGAUUAUGUUCCACCGCAUCGUUGAUAAUCAACAAAGCCUUUCUGAAGAGAAUUUAGAGAGUAGUGUUGAGCUUUCAUUGUCCUCACAAGACGGCAAUGUCAAACGGAAGACUAGGUCGAGGAAUUCCACAGAUGGCUCACAAGUUCGCCUACCUCUAUCAUACGCCUCUAUUGCACCGUUUCCGUUUCUCCCAGUUCCUUCGUAUGCCGAUCCAUGAUAUGCUUCUGGGUCCCUUGUUUUGUACCAUGAAACGUCGAAAGCUGCCCAAUAAAGUAUUUUUGUUCAAAGAGCAGUGUCUUUCCCCAAGCAAACGUCUCCCGGAAAGGUAGAAAGCCUGUAUUCUUUUGCAGAUUGCAAGUUUCUUGUCGCGAAUGUAUUUUUUGCUUUGUAGUGUUGGAGGUUUAGGUGUUUGAGUUUGUAAUGCAUUGUUGAUUUAAAGUAUACGAAUAAGGCGGCCAUCUGUUCAAUGAUUAUGGAAGAGCAGCUAUUGAUUUUUUUGCAGAA